UAAAUGCGAUUGGCUGAUGGUUUCUGUGGGAUUUGGGCAAGUCUGGUUUCUAAUUGUCAGAAGCAUGUCAUGGUGAUCGCUGGCGGAGGUUCCUAGUGCGGAAUUUCGGACAUAUUCACAGAAAAAUGGCUCUCCUAACGGCGUUCGCACGUCUGUCCUGCAAAGAAGUACCUUCGGUAGCAAGAUCAUUCUUCACCGGCCCAAAAUUGUGUGUUCAGGUUACACCAGCUCUGUAUGCAGAGCCUCUGAAAAAGAAAAAGAAAAUAGACCCGGCCGUAAUCAAACAGCGUGAGGAACGGAGGCGAAAAAAGCUAGAGAAGCAAAUUCGUCGCCUGGAGAAAAACGCGCGCCAACUGAAGCCUGUGGAUGAAUUGGAAGUGCCACUGGAACUUCUUGAUGAGAAGGAGAAGCGUACCCGGCCGAAAGCCGCCCUUAGUCAGGAGGAGAUUGAGUCUCGUGCGAUACUGCAGAAGGAAUGGGCGAGGUACAAAUUGAAGCAGAAGUCGCAAGAGCUGCAAGUGGUUGAUCGUCUGAUGCAGGCGCAACAAAAAGCGCUGGAAGAACUUCGAAAGGAGUCAGAAGAGCUGUUUCAGGAAGCCAUUCAGCCGGAUCUGCAGAUGAUUCCAUUAACAACAAAGGGGCCUGUGGCCACUCCGCCAAUAGAGAAUUAUGAGAGUCCUGACGGGGAAUAUUUAGAUAUUAGCAAAAAGUGGACGUAGCGAACUGCGUAUUGAAAAAUGUAAACAAAUAUAGCCUUAAUUGAAUGUAAA